AUGCUACUACUUCUCAUGGUCGCAGUUUUCGCUCUCCUGGUCUAUCCCCUUUGGCGCCUGCACAAGCAGCGCAGCCUGUUCAAGAACCUCCCCGGUCCACCGCAUCACGCUAUCUGGGGACACUUCUUAAUUAUGCGCGAUAUGGCCGCCAAUCUACCACCUAAUACGACACCACACCUACUCACACACUUAAUGCGCGAGCGGUAUGGUCUGGGCGACUUCUUCUAUCUCGAUCUGUGGCCGCUCGCGCCGCCGCAGCUUGUCAUCCUGCAUUCCGAUCUCGCGGCGCAUGUCACGCAGAAGCUAAACAUGCCCAAGGAGUCCGGGAUGAUCCGUCAAUGGACGGGCCAUCUGCUGGGCGAUAAAUCAAUUGUCACGACGAAUGGACAUGAUUGGUUGGUUGCCCGGAAAUCGUUUUCACCGGGCUUUCAGCCCAGGAAAAUUUUGCAGCGCAUCCCGGACACUGUAGAUGAUACGCUGGAGUUUUGCGAGGUGCUCAGGGAUCGGGCGAGGACCGGUGAGGUAUUUGAGAUGGUGGAGGUGUGUGCGAGAAUGGUUUUCAAUGUCUCAGCUAAGGUUAUCUUGCGAAACAAUUGCAGCUCUCAACGAGAGGAUGACGAGUUCCUCGACCUCUUCCGGAAGCAGGUCUCUCUCUGUCCUCAGGACUUCUGGUCAAGAUACCUAUACGACAUCAGUCCCCGUCGACACUACCAGAAAUGGAAGCAUGGAAGAGCCCUCGACCGCUAUGUUGGUCGCGUCGUGGACGAGAGAAUAGCCAACCCUCCGGGUGUAGAUGAGAAGGGCAAGAGCAUUCCUUCCCAUAUCAUUGAUGACGCCAUUGCGUUCAAUCGGCAGAAGAAUGGGUUGAAUAACCAAACAGCGCCUUUGGAUGAGGAAACGCGAGAAAUGCUCAUUACAUCAAUCAAGACACUCAUCUUUGCUGGGCACGAUACGUCUGCCAGCACACUCUGUUACACCUACGCAGCCCUUAGCAAUCACCCGGACGUCCUACAUCGAGUCCGCAUGGAACACGACCACGUCUUCGGCAAAGAUCCCGCUGCCGCCGCGCACCUCCUCAAACAAGACCCCAACCUCCUCAACAGCAUUCCUUACACCCUCGCCGCAAUCAAAGAAGCGCUUCGCCUCUGGCCUCCAACAGGUCUCAGUCCCCGCUGCGGCCACCCCAACCAAACAAUAACAACACCCGAUGGCCAAGCCCACCCCACCCAUCCGUUCGUUGUGAUGAUUAACAACUUCGCCAUCAUGCAUCGUGAGGACCUAUUCAAGGACGCGGAUCGGUUCUACCCAGAGCGUCAUCUGGUCACUGAUCCCACGGAUCCGUACUUCGUGCCCAGGAAUUCGUGGCGGCCGUUCGAGAAGGGAGUGAGGACCUGUUUGGGACAGACGUUGGCGUUGAUGCAGCUGAAGAUGGCAUUGGUCAUGACGCUCCGAUCAUUUGAUUUUGAGUUGGCUUAUGAGAAUGGAAGAUACAUGUAUCAGCUGCUGGAUCUUACGGCAAAGCCGUCGGAAGGGUUACCGACUAAGGUUCGGAUGAGGGUAAAUUGA